UCAUCCGUUUCCACCUUCCUUGUUGAAGUCAUUUGAUUUGAUGGGCGAUCAAUAGCGCCAAACUAUUCCGUAAUUCUUGAGUGGCUCUUUUCUCAAAUAUACCACACCGGUGCCCGUACGGCUGUAACUAUCCAUAGUUCACGCCAUGAACGGAGUUCACCAAUGCAAUUCGAAGUGAUAGUCCGUUUUUCCGGAAAUUGGGGUCAUUUCGGCGUGGGUAUGUUGCCUAUGGAUACGGGCCCGUAACAUGAGACACAGCUCUGACCAAGCCACCAACAUUCCUGGCAACAGGCGUGGUUAUCUUUGGGUUACCACAAUUCCAAGUUUCUGCGGGGAUGAGCUGUUGUCGUGUUUGGGUUGUCGAUCACGACAGAAGGCUGAAUGGAUAGCCAUUUUUAGCGCCCAUUAGCUAGUUGUUAGUACAGACGGAGUGGGAGAAAGUUGGCACACACACAAAUCGACUACAUGCAUUUCAUGCGAGGGAGCGAGGGAGAGAACAUCUGUUUUGCUAUAUAUACCUCAUGCUGCAUCUCUACCGUCCACUAUCACAAGGCUGAGGUCGGAAUGUGGAAUGGCGAGUUUUUUGAGCUGGAUGUUGAUGUUGAGGCUCCAAACAAAGCUUUAUGAGGCUAACAACCUUAGCGCCCUAUCAUGCUAGAUCGGGGAUAGAUCUGCGUUGAGCUGUCAUUGUGAGGCAUCCAUGGAUGCAUCCAAUGUAAGUACGGAGUAUGUAUGUAUGUACUAUGUACUUUUUUUUUUUUUUUGAUCUCCAUUUGCUCGCCGUUCUCUAGAAAUUUAGAAAAUGGAGUGACCCUCCAAUAAGGGCAAUUGCAUAUUCUGUCAAUCAGCCACCUGUAACAUAAUUUCCGGGAAGCAGAGUUGGUUGCUUUUCUUUUUUUUCUUCUUUGUAUGUAUGAUAAGUAGUAUACGCUGCGGAUGUCUGGUACAUGCAGUUCUACCCAUAAGACAACCAGUGAAUUCAAAUCAUAAAAGACAAUUCCAUUCCCAUUUUAAAGAGUACUAGUACAUCUAAUCUCCUUCGUGCAGUUUGACUGGCGUUAAAUCCUGUCCUUUAGGCAUAUUCUAUGUCAAACUGAUAAAGGUAAUAAUAACUCCAUCAAUCUGAUACCAUCCUGGCAUCAACUCCUCCACACCACCCUCCAAUACCUCCGCAUGCUACUCCAGAUGAAGCUUCCACUGUUGGCAGUAGCCUCCUGCCACUUCUCUCGCGUGUUGGCACAAACUUACACAGAGUGCGAUCCUCUCCAGAAGUCUUGCCCGCCGAAUCCCGCCCUUGGGAAGUCCAUCGAGAUUGACUUAGCCAAGGGUCUCCCAGAUGACUGGGAGGCGUCGAAGGAUAUCAAAUAUGGCAGUGAUGGGGGCAGCUUCACGAUCGAAAAGGAUGGAAUGAAGGCUGAGAUCCACUCAAACUUCUACAUCAUGUUUGGCAAGGUGGAUGUCACUCUCAAAUCUUCGCCAGGCAAAGGCAUUGUGAGCAGCGUUGUCCUGCAAUCCGAAUGCGGCGACGAGGUUGACCUGGAGUGGAUUGGAGGAGAUAAUAUGCAGGUCCAGACGAACUAUUACGCGAAAAGGAAUCUGGAUCACACAAGAGGGGGAUUCCAUCCUAGCCCAGAUAACCAGAACACUUUCAGAACGUACAGCAUUGAUUGGGAUAGUGAGCGGAUUAUUUGGAAGAUUGAUGGGAACACCGUUCGCGUCGCUGAGUCGGCAGCUGGGAAUUACCCACAAACCCCAUCUUAUAUCAAAAUAGGAAACUGGGCAGGGGGUGACCCUGCGCAGAACGCAAAGGGCACAGUUGAAUGGGCUGGAGGUCCGGUUGACUACUCUCUUGCCCCUUUCACCAUGCAAGUCAAAUCCAUAAAGAUCGCCGAUUAUUCCACUGGGAAGGAGUAUGUAUAUACAGACAAAACUGGGUCCUGGCAGUCUAUCAAAGCUGUGGAUGGAAAGGUGAACGGCCAUGACCGAAAUGACGGAACAAAGCCUUCGCCUGCCACUACCGCCUCCACUUUCGUUUCCACAACUGCGACGUCCUCACAGAGGAGUUGUGGCUCGAAAGGGUCUCCAGACGCUGCAUGCGGUACCGGGCCAUCAAGGAGCACGGAACCAACACCACCAAAAGGUACCGAUCCGAACAAUGGAGGCGAUCGAACGAACGGCACCCCCAAUGGUACAAAUACUGGUACAAGUACUGGCACAAGUACUGGCACAAGCACGACGGACCCUAACAACCCUGAAGCACCCAGUAGCGCCAGUGGCCAGGGUCGGCUGCAGAUCUUUGUGGGGAUCGGCUGUGCUUUAUUCGGUGCUCUCAUGGCCGUCCUUUAAAUCUUAAAGUCUGGUUAGAGUCAUCACCAUGGACGGAUGCAUAGGUAUUUGGUGGCGGUUGUGGGAAAUAUCGUGGCCUGUCAGGGGCAUAUAUGACUUCUCGCUUUAAUUAUUAAUCAUGUAAGAUGCAGCUGUAAUCUUAAUAGGAAAAGUGUGUCUAAUGAUGUUCCGAACUUGCUUCCGAUCCUAAAGUAACUAGUUAAUUAGUUAUAAGACUCGUCUCUCCUAACCAUCUCGAUCUUUCGAUUGAAUCCGUGAGGCCUUAAAUAUAUUGACAGCAAGUAGCCUCUAGAGAGGAAAUGUCCUCUUGAGCUCCAUAUGUCAGUAACCAUGAGGUUCUGGCUAUUUCCAUUACCUGCAUGUUUCUUAUCUGAGUAGAGUCAUCUCAUAAUCUUGAAUCUCUUGUUCACCAUAUCUAGUUGUGCAGGCUGGCUCAUGAUGAGGUUUUAGGUCACAAUAAAUUACUAUCUUUGGAAAUUUUCACGCUUAUUUAAGUAAAACGUAAUGAUUUUUGCUAACACUCAAAUAAUAUUUGAAGUCAU